AUGUCUUCCCAUGACGCAGCACCGGGACCUCCAUCCCGUGGAGAUGACGAGCUGGGCCUCCCUCAGUACCCUCGUUCCGGCGCGGCCGGGCCUCCGAGUAUUAUAUCAUCGCGCAUGACCGAUAUCGCCUCAGACGAUGGGAAUGAUACCGCGCCACCCAAGACGACAACUAGCCAGAGGAAAAGCCUGAUGGCUUCUGAAACCGUCUCUCGCCCCGGCACUGCGCGCACCGGCAUGUCCUCUCUGCGCCACCCUUUCCCACAAGGCCAGCAUCUUCGCAGAGGACUUUCAGGCAAGCGCACCAGUAUCGGGAGCAGCGUUGCCGGUUCGACAAAGAGCGGCAGGCCCCAGAGCUCUGCCAGCAGGAGUCAUGUACCUUCGCUUACGUCUCACGCCUUCUUCCACCCUAUGAGCUCGCAGAGGCUGCAGGCGCAACGAGGAGUAGCACGCCCGACCAACAUGGCCCCCCAGCAGGCACUCACGGCCGACGACUCGACCGAUAUCAUUGGCGACACCAACAGGCACAGCCUCGUCUCCAACUCUCACCCCGGCGCCCGCAUAAUGCAACCGACGAGUGACGACGGUGAAUUUCGGCCACCGCCAUCGAGGGGAACCGAGAUGACGGAACAAGAAACAUUCGACCGCAUCACUGCCAACACGAGCCCCACCCACGGUCACUAUCCCACGGCGAGUGUGUCCGAGAGCACGCGCCCACUGCAGAACAAGAGGCCCGAGGGCAAGAAUCUCACGGUCAGAGUGGACAAGGAUUACAAGGGAGCCGGGAACUUGCCCACGCCCAUCAAGUCUCCCAGGUCCUUCCGGUCAAGUUUUCUGUUGCCGUCCAAGAGCGGCUCCGCCCACGCCGGGGAGAAUAGGGACAUCCAAGGCGGCGAGAAGCUCGACUCGGUAGCCUCGACACCGCGCAUGAGCCACUCUGUAACCCAUGGCGAGGAGCGCCAUGGCAAGGCAGACAGUAUCGGCCUCAAGGUGGGGAGGAACUUCGAGUAUUUCGAAGGCAACACCGUCUUCUUCAUGGGCGGUCGAUUCCAAAACACCAAGUUCAAGCCCGUCAAUGUUGCGACAGGCCUGCUCACCGUGAUUCCUGCCGUCCUCUUCUUCGCGUGUUCCGCGCCUUGGCUCUGGGCCAAUGUCUCGCCGGCCAUUCCGUUGGUCUUUGCGUAUAUCUUUUAUAUAUGCAUAUCCUCAUUCUUCCACGCAUCCGGCUCCGAUCCAGGGAUCCUACCGCGAAACUUGCAUCAGUUUCCUCCUGCGGAUGAGAACGAGGACCCCCUUAGGCUCGCGCCGCCCACAAAUGACUGGGUCCUGAUCAAGUCGGCCCAGUCGUCCACAGCAGCCAUGGAAGUGCCUACCAAGUAUUGCAAAACCUGCAACAUCUGGCGUCCUCCGAGGGCUCAUCACUGCCGCAUGUGCGAUAACUGCAUCGAGAAUGCAGACCAUCACUGUGUUUGGCUCAACAACUGCAUGGGCCGACGCAAUUACCGCUACUUCUUUGCUUUUGUCACCUCCUUGUUCCUCAUGGCUCUCUACGUCAUUGCGGCUUGCCUUGCGCAAAUCCUUGUCUACCAAAACCGCGAGAACAUCUCCUUCGGAGCCGCUAUCGACCAUUUCCGUGUUCCCUUCGCCCUGGUAUUCUACUGCAUCAUCGGUCUUUUGUACCCCGCCGCAUUGAUGGGGUACCAUCUCUUCCUGAUGGGCCGUGGCGAGACGACGAGGGAGUUCCUCAAUUCGCACAAGUUCUUGAAGAAGGAUCGCUACCGCGCCUUCUCCCAAGGCAACUGGGUCAAGAACUGGAUCGUCGUCCUUUGCAGACCUCGCCCGCCAACCUAUUAUCGCUUCAAGCAGUCGUACACCAAGGGCGACCAGCGACUCGCGAGGGACCGGAGACCUCAGCGCAAGGUCGACUCAAAGGAAGGCCUCGAAAUGCAGGACGUCAAACCUGCCCAGCAAGGCUUCCAGGGUCCAGUCGCCCUGCGCGAAUCCGCGCCCACAUCGGCUUGA